ACCAAUUAAUAUGGGAAGCAAAAACCAUGAUCAUCAGCUUCAUGUAGUCUUCUUCCCUUUUAUGGCGCAAGGCCAUGUCAUACCCACCAUUCACAUGGCCAAACUUUUUGCUUCCAAAGGCACCAAAGUGACCAUUCUCUCUACUUCUCACUUCAUACCUUUCAUAUCCAAAUCAAUCGAAAACAACACUUCCCAAAUCGACAUAAUCAACAUCAAAUUUCCAGCUGCUGAGGUUGGAUUGCCAGAAAAUGUCAAUAGCCUUCACACAAUAGAUCCCGAAAUGGUACAAAAGUUCUUCCAAGGUUGUGGAAAACUCGCCCCUCAACUCGACCAAAUAUUGGAAAAACAUCGUCCGAAUUGUCUAGUGGCUGAUAUGUUCUUCCCUUGGGCUAAUGAUGUUGCUACCAAGUUUGGAAUUCCUAUGCUCCUCUUCCACGGAACUUGUUAUUUUGCUUUGUGCGCUCUUGCAAGUGUGUUUUUGCAUGAGCCUCAUAAGAAAAUAUCAUCUGAUUCGGAACACUUCUUUAUUCCUGAUUUCCCAGACAAGAUUGAGUUAACAGCGAGUCAAAUUCCUGACCCUCUAAAUUACGAUGAUGAGAGUGAAAUUACAAAGCUGUUUGUCACUGCAAGAAAGGGCCGGCCCUGGGUGGAGAGUAGGUGCUAUGGGGUUAUAGUCAACAGCUUUUACGAGCUCGAACCAUGUUAUGCAGAGCAUUACAGAAAUGUUGUCGGAAGGAAAGCUUGGCAAAUUGGCCCACUUUUCUUAACCGAACGUAAAACAUCUAAUUAUGAUAAUCAGCACGAGUGCUUGAAAUGGCUCGACUCAAAGAAUCCCAACUCAGUUAUUUAUGUGAGUUUUGGAAGCAUGGCAAGUUUCAACGAUGAACAACUCAUGGAGAUUGCAACAGGGCUUGAGGCUUCCGGGCAACAAUUCAUUUGGGUGGUGAAGAAAGAAAAGAAAGAAGGGAUUAAAGAUGAGUGGCUUCCGGAAGGAUUUGAAGAAAGAAUGAAAGAAACAGGAUUGAUAAUAAGAGGAUGGGCACCACAAGUUUCGAUUCUCGAACACGAAGCAGUUGGAGGAUUCGUGACGCAUUGUGGUUGGAACUCAACGCUGGAAAGCAUCUGUGUCGGGGUGCCAAUGGUUACUUGGCCAGUUGCCGCCGAACAAUUUUAUAAUGAGAAAUUGGUAUGUCAAAUACUGAGGAUUGGAGUGGAAGUUGGAGCUAAGAAAUGGAAGAGACAGGUGGGUGAUUUUGUGAAGAGGGAAGCUAUUACAAAGGCAGUGAGUAAAAUUAUGGAAGGAGAAGAUGCAGAGGAAAUGAGAAGAAGAGUGAAGAGUCUUGCUGAAAUGGGGAGGAAUGCUAUCAAAGAAGGAGGAUCAUCUAUGUUAGAUUUGAAUGCCUUGUUUCAUGAUUUGAGGUCUGCUCGUAUUGCCCCCGAUUCAACUCAUCAUCAGCAGAAUUUACUAUAAGAAUAUUGUUCGAUUUGGAAAGUUCUUAACACUUUGCAUGUUCAUUGUUAUAGUUGUACGUUGAAUUUCUUCCAUGGAAAUUUCCUCUUUAGGUGGAUUUUUGUUAUUAUAAAUGAAAAAGUGUUUAAAUGUA